GCCUAAAAGGAGUAGGAAAGCGAAGGAUGAGUCGCUUGGAAAUUAUAAAGAUGCCAUAUGUUAAAUGUUCCAUCUCCUUCUUCCAUGCAACUGUUGCCUCGCCAUUCUCAGAAUUCAUACCUGCAAUUCACCGAUUCAUCUCACUCCUUGAUUUUCCUUUUAACCGCCAAAACUUCCUUCGCCAAAUCAUGAAUCGCGGCAGAGCUCCUUCCUUCAGCAAUUAUUCCUCUCCCGGAGGGCGAUCCUCCCGUGCCGCUGAUCAUUCUUCUCAUCGUGGCCGCCAUAUGGCUGUUGCAGAUGGUGAUUUCUCGGAUGACUCAUUUAGCAGAAGGAAUGGAACCUCACAUAGCAGAAGGAGAAGUGCAAACCCUAUUUCGCCCAGUAGUUUUACUGGGCGUUCAAAUUAUCGGCCUGCCCGAGUUUAUCGACCAAAGAAGCCUUUAGAGGAUGGGAGUAUCCAUUCGGAAAUGCUCCAGCAGGAUCAAAAUGAUUCAAAUGCUAGUGAUUGUGAAUCAAAACAACUGGAAUCUUUUAUGGCUUGCAAUUCUGGUCCUGAAGGUAGUUCUGCCUUUUUGUCUGCUUGUUCAAGUUUGCAUGAUAACGUGAUGAAAAUUCAGGCUGGACAAGUGCCAACAGCGGGAGCUGUGAAUGAGGGGACAUUGUGUCAUGAUCUCUCUUCCAAAGUUAAUAGUUCUACCCUGCAAAAUCAUCCUCUGCCGUCCUUGAAUUCUAAUGUUAAAGACCACCUAUUGCAACAAGAGCGUGCUAAGAGUACUGAAUGCAACAGAGAUUCUGAGCAUCAAACACCGGUUGAAACGUUUGACAUUUUUCUGCCAAGGACUGGUACUCCAGUAAUUUUGAAGCCUUCUUUGCUUGCGAAGAACAGAGAAAAGCGGAAUGAGAUCAAGCGAGCUAUAGAAUUUGAAGGAAAAAUAUUAAGACCUGGGAUGGUUCUUCUGAAAAGAUACUUGUCUAUGGAUGAUCAGGUUAAAAUGGUAAAGCUAUGCCGAGAACUUGGCAUAGGCCCUGGAGGUUUCUGCCAACCUAGUUACCAUGAUGGUGCAAAAAUGCAUUUAAGAAUGAUGUGCCUUGGUAGGAAUUGGGACCCUAAUACUAGUUCGUAUGGAGAACGUAGACCAAUUGAUGGUGCUAAACCACCCAAGAUUCCUCAUGAAUUUUGUAGCUUGGUUGAGAAAGCUAUGAAAGACACCUGUGCUCUUAUAGAAAGAAAUCCUGAAGCAAGCAGUGUAGAAGAUACUUUUCCAUGGAUGUCACCAGACAUCUGUAUUGUAAAUUUUUACUCAGCAAGCGGGCGGCUUGGUCUCCAUCAGGAUAAAGAUGAAAGUGAAAGAAGUCUUAGGAAAGGAUUGCCUGUGGUUUCAUUUUCAAUUGGAGAUGAAGGAGAGUUCCUAUAUGGUGAUAACAGAGAUGAAAAGAAUGCUAUGAAAGUUAUACUAGAAUCAGGAGAUGUUCUGAUUUUUGGUGGGAAGUCUAGACAUAUAUUUCAUGGGGUAAGAUCAGUUCACCCCAACACUACCCCGAAGUCUCUGCUUGAAGAAACAAAUCUUCGUCCAGGCCGUUUAAAUCUAACUUUCAGAGAGUAUUGAAAUCUUCGAUAUGCUUGAAGCUUUUUGUUGUUAUUUGACAUAACAUAUUUUGGGGAAAUGUAAUAUAAUCCUUUUUUUUCGUGA